GAUUAUACAUUGGGCUUAAUCCAUCUGAAAGUUCAUUUUUCCCUCAAAGCCGAACACAACCAGCGAGGCCUCUGGCUCUGGAGUCGGCGAAAACCGCGAAGUCAGGAGGAGAGAAACAAAGCCUCUUAGCAAAAGAAACCAGCGAUCCUUCUCAUCUACCGCAUAUUUCCUUGGUCUUCAUAUCUGUCUUAUGACGUCUAUUUUCUUCGUCUUCUCAUUUCCUUUUGCAACUACAAACAACAAUUCUUAAUAUUCAAAAAUAAAAGAAAAAUGGCGUCUUUACUUCUUCGUCAACGAAGAGUUUCAGCUUUGGGUGUUUCCCGGAUUCUUCAAGCUGUUAAUGGUGAUUCCUUUCGACUACAACCGGAAUCGAAUUGCAGGACAUUUGCUACCUUUGGUGUAAUAAUAAGGAAUUACAGCAGUGGAAAGGGUACUGCAAAGCUCGAUUUUACUGAUCUCACCCGUCCUCAUACAUGGUAUCUUAAUGCUCGAAAAAAGCAACGCAAGGUUUUCUUGCAUGUAGGUCCGACAAAUAGUGGUAAAACAUACCAUGCUCUGAAGCGACUUGAAUCAAGUUCUUCUGGUGUAUAUUGUGGUCCUUUAAGAUUGCUGGCAUGGGAAGUGGCAGAACGGUUGAACAAAGCGAGAGUUCCCUGUGAUCUAAUUACAGGACAAGAGAAGGAUGAAGUGGAUGGUGCAAAGCAUAAGGCUGUAACUGUUGAGAUGGCCGAUGUAACAUCUGAUUACGAAUGUGCCGUUAUUGAUGAAAUACAGAUGUUGGGCUGUAAGACUAGGGGUUUUUCAUUUACACGUGCCCUGUUGGGAAUUGCAGCAGACGAACUUCAUCUUUGUGGAGAUGCAGCUGCUGUUCCUCUUAUUCAAGAAUUAUUGAAAGUGACUGGUGAUGAUGUCCAGGUCCGAUCUUAUGAGAGACUUCUACCAUUAGUUCCCUUGGAAGUUCCACUUGGUUCUUUUUCGAACAUAAGAACAGGUGAUUGCAUUGUUAGUUUUUCGCGCAAGGGGAUAUACAAAUUGAAGAAAAAAAUUGAAACUGGGGGAAAGCAUCUUUGCUCCGUGGUUUAUGGUUCAUUGCCACCAGAGACUCGGACAAGACAGGCAAGGAUGUUCAAUGAUGCAAGCAGUGAGUUUGAUGUUCUUGUGGCCAGUGAUGCAAUUGGGAUGGGUCUUAAUCUGAACAUUUCUAGGAUAAUUUUUUCAACAAUGAAAAAGUUUGAUGGUCUGGAAAGGCGGGAUCUUACAGUACCAGAGGUCAAGCAAAUUGCAGGGAGAGCUGGUAGGUACGGUUCAAAGUAUCCCAUGGGUGAAGUGACCUGUUUAGAUGCAGAAGAUCUACCUUUGCUUCAUUCAUCGUUGAAAUCCGCCUCUCCUACUUUACAGCAAGCUGGAAUAUUUCCAUCCUUUGAUUUCAUUUAUAUGUAUUCACGUUUACAACAGAAAAGAGGUCUCUAUCAGAUAUUGGAAGAUUUUCUCGAGAAUGCAAAACUAUCCGAGAACUAUUUCUUCGCUAACUGUGAAGAAAUGUUGAAAGUUGCUGCUGUUAUCGAUGAACUGCCUCUAAGUUUGCAAGAUAAGUACCUUUUCUGCAUCAGUCCAGUUGACAUGGAUGAUGAAAUUUCAUCUCAGGGUCUAACACAGUUUGCCGAAAAUUAUGCAAAGAAAGGCCUCGUUCGUCUUAAAGAAAUAUUCUCACCUGGUUCACUUCAGGUGCCUAAAACGCAUUCUGCUCUCAAGGAGCUUGAAUCCAUUCACAAGGUGUUGGAACUCUAUGUUUGGUUGAGUUUUCGUUUGGACGAAUCGUUUCCGGACCACGAGUUGGCUUCAUCACAAAAGGCCAUCUGCAGUAUGUUAAUUGAGGAAUUCCUCGAAAGGCUUGGUUUCCAAAACCCAACAUCAAGAAAGUUAAAUUCAUUAAUGGCAAAAAAGAGAAGACAAUACCUCUGAUUAAAUGUAAACUACUAUUACCAUGUAUUUAUCCAUUAACCCCAUCACCCCGUUCGUUCCCACCCCAUAUACCUUUCUGUUUGUCAAACGGAUUUGUUAAAUUCGGACUCGAGAUCUCAAAGUUUUUCCGAUGGAAAUUUCCUGUUUAUUUUUCCUUAGUUAAA